UGUAGAGAAGUAAGAUUAGUAGUAAAAUUCUAUCUCAAUCGCAACUAAUCGUACCUGUGCGGACACGGUGAGGUGCGUUGAGGCUAGAGACCGCCAAGGCGGAGACUCGAGACUUGAUUGUUGGCUUGGAGCGCCUGGAGAAGCCUGGCUUUGCUUGCGGAUCCGCCGCGCGCGGCCGACCGAGCCCGCCGAAGGCAACGCCUACUCCAGAGAGCGCCGUCGAGCCGCGCCGAAGUUAAGGAGUGCUAUUCCGUCCCUCGGCGCUCCGUUGGCGGAACGGCGCACGUGGAGGGCAUUGUCUUUCCUUUCGAAUCCGCCGCGCUCCGAGCCGGGCCCGCCGACGCCAACGUCGGCCGCCGUACGGACACGCUGAUGUGUGCCGACCUUGCCGAGAUGUGCGGGCUAUGAGCGGCGGCCCUCCCUGCGCGCCAUCGACGCGGCGCCGCCCAGCAUCGCCCGUAUUCGCCGGCGCCGUCGAGACGACCCCGUGGCGUCGUUAAACGGUACGCGAUGGCGGCGUCAUCUUGCCUAGUAGUAGUCCAGGUCCCGAUCAAAGGUCCCUUAAAGCGGAAUAAGGAGAGAACUCGAAACGGCUCCAGUGUUGGCCCCGUUCAGUGCGCGACAUCGAGACGACCUCGCGGCGUCGCGAUCUAGUACGCGUUGGACGCGUGACCUCGCCUGAGGCGUCCUUCGGGCCUCCCUGGAAAGCGGCGUAAAGCGGGGAACCGCGUCGAUGGGAAAUGGGCUUGACGUUGGCCUCGUUCUGAACGCGACGUCAAGACGACCCCGCGGCGUCGUGAAAACGUACGCGUUAACCUCGUGUCGCUGGUCUUGGGCCCCCGAUGAGCCGCGAUACAGGGUAUGGACGGGUGUGGACACGAAUUUCAACUCAACGUGGUCUGUUCGAGGCAGCGCUCGGCAGCGGGCUAUCUAACUGUCCUGAAGAACAACUUCGCCUGUACGCAGGCAGCGGAAAUGGGCGAAGACCCGCCACUAACUUAUUUUUGCAGGUCUAGAGGCACAUGCGACGUCACCUCGGCCCGAUCGAGGCCACGCCGACUCGGCGGCACGACAGAAGUAGCGAGGGAGCUCCAAUUCCACGUAAACAACUUAGCGCCUCUAGUAGCGGUCCGUCCACCGCCCGGGGAGUGGAAUUUGCGGACUUGGAAGCAGAGUGCGCGUGCAGCGCGCUGCCACGCCUGCUCGGCGUCCACGCAGCCGCCGUACGCCGGUGUGGAGCGUCAACCUAAGUGCCGUCGAGCUAAAGGCGCCACGGCGGCCGUCGGCUGCGCGUCGAUGCAGCGAGAACCAGGCGCCUGCGCGCACGACGGUGCGCACGCGAGCUGCACCUUGCCUAGCCUAAAAUCGAAUUUGCCAUGCGAGUUCCAAUGAGCACCGGAGCCCGCCCGCACCUGCAUUUCGCGUUCAUGUGACGGGCAAGGGGCCAGGGGCAACUUCAUGCACCAAAUCGGAAGUGGAGUGUCGAAGUGGCACGUUGCCUCCAGCUGCCGCUGCUGCUGCUUGGCAGCUGCCCUGGGAGCCUGGCUGCGCGCUGCAGCACGGUACGCAGCUGCAGAGGGCCAAAAAGUGCCAAUUUGGACGUGCAUUUCGCCUUGGGAAAAGUAUUAG